AGCAGCAGCACGCAGGAGAAGGAGCGACGGCGGCCCGACCGAACCCAGCUCAGCACAGGGGGAGAGACGGAGUGGGCAUCCACCACGGCUGCCACUGGCUUUGGAAGAUGCCCUCUCGCUGCGGCACUGCCGUACGAAUAUUCACUACCACCCUCUUCGCCGCGGUGGUCCUGUUCGCCAUCCUGCUGGCCUACGUCACCGGCUACCAGUUCAUCCACACGGAGCAGCACCACUUGUCCUUCGGCCUGUACGGCGCCAUCCUCUUCCUCCACCUGCUGUUGCAGAGCCUCUUCGCCUACCUGGAGCACCGGCGCAUGCGGGGCCCUGCGAGGCCGCAGCACCUGCGUCGCUCCGUGGCCCUCUGCAUCGCCGCCUACCAGGAGGACCCGGACUACCUGCGCAAGUGCCUACGCAGCGUGCGCCGCAUCUCCUUCCCGGGCCUCAAGGUGGUGCUGGUGGUCGACGGCAACCGGCCCGAGGACGCAUACAUGAUGGAGAUCUUCCAGGAGGUGAUGGGUGGUGCGGAGCAGGCCGGGAGCAUGGUGUGGAAGGGGAACUAUCACAGCGGAGGAGGAGGAGGUGGUGGAGGUGGAGGAGGAGGAGGUGGAGGUGGAGGAGGAGGAGGUGGUGGAGGAGGUGGAAGGGAGGAGGAGGCGGCGCGUGUGACACGGAUUUUGCGCAACUGCCGCUACUCGUGCAUCAUGCAGGAGUGGGGGGGCAAGCGGGAGGUCAUGUACACGGCCUUCAAGGCCCUGGGAGACUCUGUGGACUAUGUGCAGGUCUGUGACUCGGACACAGUGCUAGACCCUGCCUGCACCAUAGAGAUGCUGAAGAUUCUGGAGGAGGAUCCUCUCGUUGGAGCCGUUGGUGGCGAUGUUCAGAUCCUGAACAAAUACGACUCCUGGAUCUCCUUCCUGAGUAGUGUCCGUUACUGGAUGGCAUUUAACGUGGAGCGGGCGUGCCAGUCGUACUUCGGCUGUGUGCAGUGCAUCAGUGGGCCCCUGGGCAUGUACCGCAACUCCCUCCUCCAGCGUUUCCUGGAGCCCUGGUACCACCAGACCUUCCUGGGCAGCAAGUGCAGCUUCGGUGACGACCGGCACCUCACCAACCGCGUGCUCAGCUUCGGCUACAAGACCAAGUACACGGCACGCUCGCAAUGCCAGACCGAAACGCCCACACGCUACUUGCGCUGGCUCAACCAGCAGACCCGCUGGAGCAAAUCGUACUUCCGCGAGUGGCUCUACAACGCCCUCUGGUUCCACAAGCACAGCCUGUGGAUGACCUACGAGUCGGUGGUGACCGGCUUCUUCCCCUUCUUCCUAGUGGCCACGGUGAUCCACUUGUUCUAUCGCGGGCGCCUGUGGAACAUCCUGCUCUUCCUGCUCACCGUCCAGCUGGUGGGAAUGGUCAAGGCCACGUACGCCUGCUUCCUGCGCGGCAGCCUCGUCAUGAUCUUCAUGUCGCUCUACUCGCUACUCUACAUGUCAAGCCUGCUGCCGGCCAAGAUCUUUGCCCUCUUCACCAUCAACAAGGCCGGCUGGGGCACGUCCGGCCGGCGCAAGAUCGUGGUGAACUUCAUCGGAGCCAUUCCCGUGACGGUGUGGGCGGCCAUUCUGCUGGGCGGGGUGGCCUACACCAUCUACUGCGAGACUCAGGAGCCCUUCAACGAGACGGAGAAGGCCCUGCUAAUAGCGGGCACCAUCUUGUACGCUUGCUACUGGCUCAUCCUGCUGGUGCUGUACCUGGCUAUAGUGGCCAAGAGGUGCAACAAACGGGAGGAACAGUACCAUCUGCCAUAUGCUGAGGCCUAGCACAGGGAUAUACUGAUUGACUGCUGAGAGCCUUCCUCUCCCUUAAGGUGCUGCUACAAGAGCUGGACCAAGUCCUGACAUGACUUUUGACCUUGGAGCCGCUCCCUUUCCAUGGUGCUACGGACUCACUGGUGAGGGUGUGUUGAUGGACAGUGGCAUUGGUGGGCAGGCAGUGGAGGUAUUUUGCGGGUCAACUGCUGGAUGAGUCUGUUUUGUUUUGUUUUGUUUGUUGGUUCACUUGUGCACAAGGCACAAGCACCUACAGUAUACAGUGGCGUUUUGUCUUAGACUUCAAAAGGGUAGUCUGAGUGAGCCAGUGAUGGGGGGGGGGUCUGCGUCAAGCAAGGUGCUUUAGUGAGUUUGAAAGCACAUAUCAUGGGACAGGUAUGGACCAGGUUGUGGUCCACAAAACAUUCACUUCUAUACAUAUACUUCUGCAGGACACUCACCCUGAGUGUAACCAACUUCCUGCUUGUAAAAGCCGUAAGGUGAGCUAACAUUAACCAUAUAGUUAUGGUGAAAAGUCUCUCUUUACCAACAUGGCAGGCACUUGACUGAAUGUACACCAUUGAGGUUAUUUCUAUUUUGAGGUUACUUCUUUUAUUUUUUGGACUCCAGAUUGACAGGACAGUCUGUUCCUUUCGGUGCUGCUAGGUAUGGUGCCAAGCCUGAGAUGUGAUGCCUUUGCAACGGACACGACAAAUCAUAGACAAACGCAUGACUAAAGGAAGACUGUAAGACAACCAGCUUCCAUCUUUUUCCCACCCUGUCCCAAAAACACUGUUAUCCGUUCCAACAUAAUUUUAAUAUGAGAUCAUCUACACGUUUUAAGUCAUAUAGUUAUCAAUUCUUUAUGUAAAUAUGAAUAUGAACACCUUAUUUCUAUAGAGAUGGUCUGAAAUCUAAUAUAUUUCACACUCUGCACUUGAUCUAAGGAAGUAUAUGUGAAUGCUCCACUGCAAAUCUUUGA